AUGGAUAAAACUGAAACAAAUCCAGAUUCCAAAGAAACGGCCAAAGAUUCCAUAGAUGAUUAUAUGGAAACUUUGGUAAAAUCAAAGCCGACGGGAUUCAGUAACUCGGAAGUCUGCUAUAAUGACAAUGAAAGACAUUUGGAAGAGUUUUAUGACAUUUUAAAGAAAAAUAAAGAAAAGAAUGAAACAGAAUCAAAUUUGUAUGCUAAAGAAAAGGAUCAAGAAAUAAACAUCGCAAAAACAAUAAAACCCUCACUGACCCAGAAUGAUUUGAGCACAAAGGAUUAUGUAAAGAACAUAUAUAUACCAGAUGAAGAGGUGGAUUCAAUGAGCUUAGAAGAAUGUGUAAAUUUUAAGAAAAGAUUCAACAUCGAGACGUUUGGAACAAGAGUUCCAAAGCCAAUUUCGUCAUUUAUCCACAUAUCUAAGAGCAUACCACCAACUAUUCUGAACCGGAUAGAAAAAAUGGGAUUCUACGAGCCAACGCCAGUGCAGAGCCAAGUAAUACCAUGUAUUUUGCAGGGAAGAAAUACAAUAAUAUUAUCGGAAACUGGAAGUGGGAAGACCAUAUCAUACUUGAUACCAAUAGUAGUGAAAGUGCUUGAUUUAAUCAAGCAGUGGAAGUCAGUUUCAGGUAAAAAAAAUGUGUACGCACUGAUCCUAACACUCACAAGGGAACUUUGUAACCAAGUUUAUGGUUUGGUUAAGAAGCUUUGCAAAGGUAUCAAUUUAAGAAUCACACUGAUUACAACGGGAGUUGAUAAGACUGAAAUGUUCAGGUCGGUGCAUAACGGAUGUGAAAUUGCAAUUUGCACGCCACAGAGACUAGUUGAUAUGAUCUCUUCAAAGGGAAUCAAUUUGUCAGAAACUAAGUUUUUCGUGCUCGACGAAGCUGACAAGAUGUUUACAAAGGAGUAUGAGUCGAAGGUAAUAAGUAUAUUGAAUUUACUGAGAGACGAUACGCUCAUGGUACUAGUUUCUGCCUCAACAACUGAUGAGAUAUAUAAAAAGAUAAAGUCGUUGGUGAGAAACACGAUAACAGUAAAAGUAGGUUUGUCAGAUGUAAUAAACCUUGAAAACAUCCAACUCAAGUUCCUAACGGCGUUCUCACACAACUUUUUGGCACAAAAAAAUACUUGGCUGGAAGAUAACCUCCCAUCACUUGAGUCUCAAUCGCAAGUAAUUAUUUUCUGUAACUCGAGAGAGGUUGUGGAACAGCUGUAUUCAUUCCUGUACUCCGGUUACAAGUCGUCCUGUAAACUUUACGGAGAUAUGCUUCCCACGGAACGCCAUAGCACAAUUUCAAGCUUUAAGAAGGGUAGUUAUCGAACACUGAUUGCAACCGAUUUGGUUUGCAGAGGACUAGAUAUCCCAGCAGUUGGAGUGGUGAUAAACUACGAUACACCAAGGCAUUUCCAUACAUUUCUACACAGAGUGGGAAGAUGUGCAAGAGGGAAUUCAAAGGGAACCAGCUACACAUUUUUCACAAAAAAUGAUAAUAAAAUGGCAGCGUACAUAUUAAACUACCUAGAAACUGAAAGUAAAAAGUGCAAAAUCAAAAUCAAUGCCACCAAAAAUCCAACUUCCGAUGAUUAUAUAACUAUACCUGAACAUUUGAAGGCGUUAGCAAUGACAUUUGGACCAUACAAAAGGUCAAAACAGUUGGGAAUGGACUUUAUAGAAUACAUGUCAAAGGGGACUUUGUUGAAACAGAAUAGUAACAGAGGUAAAAGAGGUUUAGAAAUGAAUAAAACCAAUGAAUUUGUCACGAGUAAAUUUAGCAAAACUUCCAGAAAUGAUUUCACCAGUAGUGGAUAUAACGACCAAGAGAAAAUAGGGAAAGAAUACACACCAAAUGAUGAAAUUUCAAGCUCAGAUGAAGAUUAA